AUGAAGAGCUUCCUCGUCCUCGGUCUUUCGGCCGUCUCCCUUGUGCUCGCCCAGGAAACCUCCGGGACGGCGCCAACCGGCUCCGAGUCGGUGCCCGUGGUCACGGUGACUUCUACGGUGCCCGUGGUCACGGAGACUUCUACGGUUCCCGUGGUCACGGAGACUUCCACGGUUCCCGUGGUCACGGAGACUUCCACGGUUCCCGUGGUCACGGAGACUUCCACGGUGCCCGUGGUCACGGAGACGUCGACCCAGGUUGCUUCUUCGUCCACCGAGUCCACGACCCAGGAGCUGACCGCCACGACCGAGGCGCCCCAAACCACGGCUGCGUGCAUCGGCACCAUCACCACCUUGACCAUCAGCAACUCGACGGAGGCGUCGUACACGUACAGGCCGACCGGGCCGGAGACGACGACCGCGCCCGUCACUGCCGGCGCGGCGGUGAAUGGGCUGGGCGGGUCGGGUGUCCUUGGCGGCCUCUUGGCCGUGGUGGCCCUGAUUUUCUAG